UCAAAAACUGACAACACAGUAAACGUCAGUUUACUUCGUCUAAUAAAAAAUCCGACUAUAUGUUUGGUUUUUUAAUUUUUAAAUAAAUAAACUUAGAUAUUUAAAUAGAAACUUAUUGCAAACAUAAUUUUCUUUGACUGAUACAGUAAAUUAAGUUAUUAAAUAAAUUAUUUUACUCUGCGAUUGCCAAAUAUUACACUUAGUGCAUAUUAUUCUUUAUGUUCUAACUGUAAGAUUUUAUUAGCACGUAAAUUUUGGAAUAAAAUAUUUACUUUUUAAAGUACAUAUAAACUUUCAUCUUUAAAAAAUAUGUCUGAAGAAGAAUGCCACGAAGAUGUCGACAUUUCAGAUAUUACAGAGCAUUCGGAAUCAUAUCUAGAAAAUGAACAUCUAAAAUUUGCACUGACGGAGGCUACAGAAGCAGAUAAUAACAAACUAGAAUUUGAACUAAACUCUGAGGAACAAGUACAUGAGAAGAAACAGAAAACUGAAGUUAUAAGAUCUACAAAGCUUCCUAUAGCGAGAAUUAAAAACAUUAUGAAAAUGGACCCAGAUGUAAAUAUUGUAUCUAGCGAUGCUGUAUUUUUGGUUACUAAAGCGACAGAAAUGUUUCUAGAAACAAUAGUGAAAGAAACUUAUGCAUUUACAUCAUCAAAUAAACGGAAGGUUAUAUCAAAGAAAGAUUUGGAACUUGUAAUAGAUAAAGUUGAUUGUUUGUGCUUUUUAGAAGGUGCUAUGGACUUCUAGAUUUUAUAAGAAAUAUCUUAUAAUUCAUUAGUUAUUAAAUAAAUUAUAUAAAUAUUUUAAAA